UUUAGAUUGGACGGUAGAAGAGUGACUUUUUUUUUUAAAAAAAAAAAAUGGAGAUAAAAUAAUACUAGUAGUAAAACUUGGAUUAUUCAUUUUUUCUGCUUUUUCCUUAAUUCCGGGUCAAAUUUCUCAAUCAAAUAUAACUACAAACUACCCCUCGCUUUUUCCAUUUUUCCGCUUCCAAUUUUUCGAUCCGAAGUCCUUUUAUCACUGCUACUUCCCCCAAGUCAUACCCACACGCGCCCAGACACACACAGCUGUAUCUUUCUACGAGUUAAUAAUUUAAUAUUCACAAUUAAUUAAAUUCAUAUAAUUCCGCCCAUUUGUUUCUUCGAGUUUUGUUGAAAAUGUUCCGAUUACAGCCGGAGAAGAUCAGAAAAAGAAUUUCAUAGUUUGAUUUCUGUUUUCGUUUUUUUUUCACCUUUUUAUUGUUCAAUUCCUUUUCGAAAUUUUCGCCUUUGGGCAGCCAUUUAAUAGUGGAGCCUAGAGGGAGGGAAUCCUGUUUGAUUUCUGUUUUUAGGGUUUUGAGAUUUUGGAUUUCUGUCAACUUUUGUUUACCUAUGACGGACGUGUUUUCUUAUGUUCCGGCGUCGGUUUUGCGGAAUUUGUCCGACAAGCUCUACGAAAAGCGAAAAAAUGCGGCUCUGGAGGUGGAAGGGAUAGUGAAGCAAUUGGCACAGGCUGGAGAUCAUGAAAAGAUUACCGCCGUGAUUAAUCUGUUGGUGCAUGAGUUCACGUACUCCCCGCAGGCAAAUCAUCGGAAAGGAGGUUUGAUAGGAUUGGCUGCCGCCACUGUGGGUUUGACUUCUGAAGCUGCUCAGCACCUUGAGCAAAUCGUACCUCCUGUUCUGAAUUCGUUUUCAGAUCAAGAUAGUAGAGUCCGAUAUUAUGCAUGUGAAGCUCUAUAUAACAUAGCAAAGGUCGUAAGAGGAGAUUUUAUUGUGUUUUUCAAUCAAAUUUUUGAUGCGUUGUGUAAGCUUUCCGCAGAUUCAGAUGCCAAUGUACAGAGUGCUGCUCAUCUUUUAGACAGACUGGUGAAGGACAUAGUUACAGAGAGUGAUCAGUUCAGUAUUGAAGAAUUUAUCCCAUUGCUGAGAGAACGUAUGAAUGUCCUCAAUCCCUAUGUCCGGCAAUUCUUGGUUGGAUGGAUUACUGUUUUGGACAGCGUUCCAGAUAUAGACAUGCUGGGUUUCCUCCCUGAUUUUCUUGAUGGUCUGUUCAAUAUGCUUAGCGAUUCUAGUCAUGAGAUACGUCAGCAAGCUGAUUCAGCUCUUUCUGAAUUUCUGCAAGAAAUUAAAAAUUCUCCAUCGGUAGAUUAUGGUCGCAUGGCUGAAAUACUGGUGCAGAGAGCAGCUUCCCAGGAUGAGUUCACCAGGUUGACUGCUAUAACUUGGAUAAAUGAGUUUGUGAAGCUUGGUGGGGAUCAGCUUGUACCUUACUAUGCUGAUAUCCUGGGAGCUAUCUUGCCUUGUAUCUCAGAUAAGGAAGAGAAAAUAAGAGUGGUUGCUCGUGAGACAAAUGAAGAGCUUCGUGCAAUUAAGGCUGAUCCUGCAGAAGGGUUCGAUGUUGGAUCAAUCCUCUCUGUUGCGAGAAGGCACUUAUCUAGUGAAUGGGAGGCAACACGUAUUGAAGCACUGCAUUGGAUCUCAACACUUUUAAAUAGACACCGAACAGAGGUUUUGUCUUUUCUAAAUGACAUUUUCGAGACACUUUUGAAGGGGUUAUCAGAUCCGUCAGAUGAGGUGGUCCUUCUCGUGCUUGAGGUGCAUGCUUGCAUAGCUAAAGAUCCCGAACAUUUUCACCAGCUUGUUGUGUUCCUAGUUCAUAAUUUCCAAGUUGAUAAUUCACUUCUUGAGAGGCGUGGAGCUUUGAUAAUCCGACGGCUGUGUGUUCUUUUAGAUGCUGAAAGAGUUUACCGGGAAUUUUCUAGGAUUCUUGAAGGAGAAUCUGAUCUGGAUUUCGCAUCUAUCAUGGUACAGGCCUUGAAUUUGAUUCUGCUUACAUCCUCUGAGUUGUCUGAUCUUAGAGAUCUUUUGAAACAAUCAUUGGCAAAUGCCGCUGGAAAAGAUUUGUUUGUUUCUUUAUAUGCGUCAUGGUGCCACUCGCCAAUGGCAAUUAUAAGCCUUUGUUUAUUAGCUCAGACUUACCAGCAUGCUAGUUCUGUAAUCCAGUCACUGGUCGAGGAAGACAUUAAUGUUAAAUUCUUGGUCCAGUUGGAUAAAUUGAUCCAUCUACUGGAAACCCCAACAUUUGCCUAUCUCAGACUGCAGCUUCUUGAACCUGGGAGGUAUAUUUGGCUUUUGAAAGCUCUUUAUGGUCUUCUGAUGCUGCUUCCCCAGCAAAGUGCUGCCUUCAAGAUUCUCCGGACCCGAUUGAAAACUGUACCUUCAUACUCAUUCAGUGGUGGACAACUGAGGACAACAGCAUCCGAUAGCCUGUACUCACAAAUGAACUACGGGGGACUCGAUUCUCAAAUUUCUGAGGAUGGCGAGAUUAAUGAUGAUUCGGAAAUCGUGCAUAAUGGAAUCAAUUUUGCUUCCAAACUGCAGCAGUUUGAUCAAAUGCAGCAGCAGCAUCGUAGGCAUGUUAAGUCACAGGCUCAGUCACGCUACAAUUCUACUUCUUCUUCAAAGGAUGUUCAAAGACCUGAAGAACCCAAGAGAACAUCAUCAGGAGUGGCAGAUGUGAGCGGGCCUCCUUCUAGAUCCUCGAGACGAGGUCCAGGACAGUUACAAGUUUAAGAUUUUUUGUUUUUUUUUUUUAAACUUCUGUGCUUAGUCGAGGUUAUUUAUACAACAAUCAUGGUGGUUGUCAGAGUCAGUAGCGAAAAGUGUAAAUUGUAUAUCUUAGUAGUCGUUUUGGCUAAAAACUUUGAAAGGCGGCGGUGGGUAUUAUGUUGGGUUCUGGAUCAAAGCUUGCAUAUUCCCAAGCUCUAUUCUUUUAGACACGCCCCCCAUGUGGUUAUGUUGUUUUUAUUAAAACCACAGGGGAAAGUGAGGUAGAUUAUAUUUAUUGACAGUGUAGGGGAUAAAUUUUACGUUUGCUUUUGGGUAAUGCCGUAAAGUCCAUCCCUCCUUUUAUAACAAACGAGUACCUAAUUUUUGGAC